AUGUGUCCUGUCCCCAGUGCUGUUCACCGAGAACCCCUCUGCUGUGAGUACCAGUCCAGAUUUGGGGACCGCCUACUGGUGCCCCAGGCUGAGGCAGCACUACCUUACUGGGUCCCUCUGUCCCUGAGGUCCCAAAAGCAGAUCCAAAAGAUGGUCCAGACUGAUACCCCCAAUGCCACCAAGGUGUGCCCCUGCCCAGAUCGCCGCUUUGGGGGCUAUCUCCCGGUGCCUAGGGACCAGGCUGUGAUGCCCUACUGGGUGCCCCGGGGCCUGAGGUCUCACAAGAAGGUGGCGAAAAGACAGCAGAGUUUUAAAAGCAUCAAAGAAUCCCCCCUGGACUCGCACUCCUGGCACAACCGCUGGCGGAUCUGCUGCAGCAGACACCUUCUUCUCAAGUGGCUGCAGCUCCAGGCCCUUCACCAGGAAGGGCAGCUGGCCCUGGAGAGGAGAGUGACCCCCCAGCCCUCCUUCCUGUCUCUCUGCUUCAGUCUCCUGGCCUUCCUCCAGGCUGGCUUGAGGGCCAUCUCGUUCAUUCGCCAAUUUUGGGGGGUUUGA